CCCCGGCCCAACUGGUCCUUCGGCGCUUUCCGUGGUGCUGCCGCCGCCGCCGCCGCCGCCGCCGCCGCUGGCCCAGGCACACGGAGGAGAUGGAGAGGACGGCGAGGUCCACCCGAACCGGGGGUCGGCGACCCUUACCGGAAACUGUAUUUGAGGGAAAAUGAAAAAGUCUUCAUCUUCACAUUCCCAUGAGUUUCGAAUACCAAAGAAGUCAAAAUCAAAGCAAGAAGAUACUCAGGUUCAGGCACCUCUGUCAAGACUCAGAAGCUCUGACCACAGGGACCACCCUUUGCUGGGGUGGAUAAAGGGGGUAGGAAAUAAAGGCAGCAGCUCUUUUUUGCAUAAGAGUAAAAAGGAUUUCCAUGGGUGUUCUGUCACUUCUAGGCCAUCUCCAAACAGGCAACUGAAAGUUGUGUUGACGAAUGUCCUAUUGACGGAUUCAGGACGAAAAUACAUUAAGAAUCUACCUAGAAUUGAUGCUAAUUUAUGUGAUACCAAGAAGUUGCAAUCAGAUUCACAGCCUUCAACAUCUGUUGACAGUCUAGUGAUACAGAAAAAAUUAAAUCCUCUUCACCAAAGCCUUUAUUUAUCUGAAAGGCAACCCAAAGUUAUAUUGAUGAAUGUCCUGGGAACGGAGUUAGGAAGAAAAUACAUAAAGACCCUUCCUCUAACUGAGGCAAAUUUGUGUGAAACUGACAACAUGCAAUCAAAUCAACUUCCUUCAUCAUCUGUUGACAGCCUAAAAUCUUGUCAAAAGCUAGAGCUUCACAAGAGCCCUUUUAUAUCUGAAAGGUGUUCACAGUCCCAGAAGAAUCCAAGUGAUAGUUUUGCAAAGCAAGGUGAACUAACUAAAGAAAAAGAAAGAAUUGAUGACAGUUCUCUUGUAAGAUGGUCUGAUACAGAACCAAAAGACUUUAAUACUGGAAAUAGAGAAUGUGAACAUCAGGAAGAGGAGAGAAGAAACCAAGAAGACACAUAUUCUGAUUCAAAAAUGGUAUCCUGUUCAACUGCCAAGAAGUCAAAGAAAAGACUUAGAAGUCAUGUCCUUGAAUAUAGUAAUACUCCCUUUCUGGAGGAAUCAACAUUGCAGUCAAAAGAACAAGAACAUGAUUCAUUGCCUUCUGAAUGUGGAGAUCCAAGUGAAAAUGACUUUUUGCAUGAUCUUAAAGCCUUACAUGGACAUGCUCUGGAGACGGUGGAAAUUGGUUUUAUGAAACCUCCCACUUUUGAGACUCAGGAGGUUGUUGUAAGUUGUGCCCAGAACAGCUUUCCUGACCCUUCAGCCACUGAUCCUUUUCAUAACCUGAAUCCUGUUUGCAGUGAUGCUCUGGAGAUUUCUUCCAUUGUUGACAAUGUCAGUAUGUUGGUGACAGAGGCAGAAGUUCCUGUUCUGAGAAAAUUGCGAAGCAGAAACUUUGAGGAUAAACAAUUGUUUGUCUCUGUUGAACCAAUUGUUGUUUCCAGUGAUGAAGAAGGGCCUAUUGAACAAAACAAUUCAGAUACACUUAAUUUACAACAUAAAGAAGGCUAUGAGCUUGUCAUUAAAGAUGGGGAAGGAGUAAGUGAAUUGGAGUUGCCAGAAGAAACACUUCUGACAGCAUCUAAGUCUGUGCAGGUUUCACCAAAUUUAUUUUCAGAAAGUCUUGUCACGGACAAUUUUUCUUGUAUUUUACCCAGUGAUGAGAUGGAUCUACACUUGGAUAUUUCAUUUACCUCUAUUUAUAUUGGCAAUAUAAAAGGAGUUUCUAGUGGGUUUGUUACUUUCACGACAAAGUAUAUAAAGAUUCCAUUUGAAGUGUCUCUGAAUAAGAUUUCAUUGUUAGUGGACACCAUUCAUUUAAAGAAGUUUGGGUUGUGGACACAUAAAGAUGACAACAGUAAAAGGAGAAAUUCUAUCAUUUUCCUCUGGACAUCUUCAGAUUACCUAGAAAUGAUUGAAAACCAACUUGGGAAAUCUGUUUUAAGGCAGCGAUCUAAAUCUGAUGAAUUCAUAUUUCUUGAGUUGAGCAAACCGGCUUCAGAAGAGGAGGAGGAUAAACUGAAUGAGAUGAUGGCAGAAGUGAGCAGGAAAACAAAAUCAUUAGACCUUUGCCAUCCGCUGCCUUGGAACCAGGCUCUUUCUUUGCUUCAGGGUUUAUCUGCAAAAGAAAGCUCUUUUAUUGAUUAUUAUUGUUCUGCAUCAAAAUACUGCCAUUUUCCAGGGGCUGCUGUUGAAAUGGAGGCAGAAUCUCCCUCUCAGAAAAAAGAAAGAAAUGAAGGAAGAAAUAAAAAGAAACCAAAUGACCUCCAGAGAGCCUCAAAUGCCAAUAUAACCAAGCCUAGCUAUACCCUCUUGCAGAAGAGGGGUAGUGGUUGCUAUUCAUUUUCUAUUACAUCGAAUCCAGAUGACAAUGAAUGGAAAGAAGUAAAAAAUACUGGACCAAUUAAAAAGUUGAUUGUAUAUCCUCCACCACCUACAAAAGGAGGAUUAGGAGUUACUAAUGAAGACUUAGAGUGCUUAGAAGAUGGAGAAUUUCUUAAUGAUGUAAUCAUUGAUUUCUAUCUUAAAUAUCUUAUAUUGGAGAAAGCAUCAGAUGAUCUUGUUGAACGAAGCCACAUUUUUAGCAGCUUCUUUUACAAAUGCCUGACUAGAAAAGAAAAUAAUUCAAUAGAAGAAAAUCCAAACCUUUCAAUGGCACAGAGAAGACAUAAAAGAGUACGUACAUGGACUCGUCAUAUAAACAUCUUUAAUAAAGAUUACAUCUUUGUACCUGUAAAUGAGGCGUCUCAUUGGUAUCUUGCAGUCAUUUGUUUUCCAUGGUUAGAAGGCCCUGUGUAUGAAGAUUUUCCACAUCAGUUAUCUCAACAAUUCAAGUAUCAACAAUGCCAACAUGACUUUCAGACUCUGGAUAACGAUCCACACAUUACUUCUUCGCUCUCCUUAGAUACAGAGGAUCCCCAGAGUACCCUGAAGAAUAUAUCAGAAUCAAAGAAAAUGUGUAAAAGACCAUGCAUUCUCAUAUUAGACUCCUUGAAAGCUGGUUCUGUACAAAAUACAGUUCAGAUUUUGAGAGAGUACUUGGAAGUAGAAUGGGAAGUUAGACGAAAAACUCAUCGUGAAUUCAGCAAAACAAAUAUGGUUGACUUGUGCCCUAAAGUUCCUAAGCAAGACAACAGCAGUGAUUGUGGAGUAUAUUUACUACAAUAUGUGGAAAGCUUCUUCAAGGAUCCUAUUGUCAAUUUUGAAUUACCACUGCACUUGGAGAAGUGGUUUCCUCGUCAAGUGAUAAGGACCAAGCGGGAUAAUAUUCGGGAGCUGAUCUUGAAACUUCAUUUACAACAACAGAAGGCAUUAAUUCAUCAUUGAUGGACAUGGGACUGGUGUUUUAAAAGAUUACUGGAAAGCUAUUUCCCAGCAUUUGUGCUAUCCUGCCUACAAAGGAGAAAACACCUUGUGGUUAUUUUGUAAAUUGUUCAAAAUUAUUUAAAUUGUAUAAGAUAAUUAUUGAUUUUGUUUGGAUCUGAUAGAUGGAGAUUGAGGGGUGGGAAUGUGGAGAAUGUAGAUAAAUUUGUUAGAUUGAAGUUGAAAUUUGAUAAAUAUUUCAUAUUUUUUUUCAGUGAAUAUGCUUGGACUAUGCAAUCAACGUAUGUGAUGUGAGAAUGUUUUAAUAAGUAAUUAAAAAAAACCCAGACCACUAUAUGGUUUUAACCUGCACAAGACUCUGGGUACAGGACCACUUACUCUUCUGGUACCAAACCCAUGCUUGGCAAGUCACUUCACAUUGUAGUUGUUCUUUGCAACUCAAGCAUGCUGUAUGAAUACUGUGUAUUUUAAAAUAAUUAUCGCUGAAUGCCGUUUACGGCAUUACUUCUGUAUAAUAUAAAAUAGAAAGCCCUUAAUGUGAGGAGGUAAAAAACCUACUCAACCAUCAUGUACUUUGUCAGUCUUCCUUGCUAGGUGAUAAUUCCACCCUGCUUUAGUUGCAAUGAUCUUUCCCCUCCAAUUCCAUUGACAUUAUCUAAGGGGAUUGGGGAAGUACAGUCAUUUAUUUAGGAUGAAAUUGGAAGAAACUUAAGAAUUAUAGUUUUUUUUAAUGUGAAUUUAUUUUUCUUUCUAAAAUUGGAAAAGUAGUUUGGCUUUUAAGAAACAACAUUUAAAAAUAAUCUGAUUUUUUUUUACAUUAUAUUCAUUGAUAUCUUUGUAAAAUAAGGUAGAGGUAUUUGCUCAUGCACUGUAUGAGUAUACACACUCCAUUAUUGAAACAGAUAACUUAUUUUUAUGAAGAUAAAAUUGUUCUCAUUUGCUUCCUGUAUGCUUAUAACUUUAACAAGCUAAGUAUACACAUUUGUCCAGACUUAUUCAUUAGCUUGUUAGAACUCAAUCUGCAUUUUAAAAAUCUAUCUACCCACUUUUUUAAACUAAUAAAGCAAAAAUUGCUUUCAUUCACUUAAUAUCAUUUUUUCCCAGAGGCUUUCCUAAGAGAGCUUAAUUCUUCAGUACAUAUUCAGGCAAAAUUUUACUGAAUUUUUUGUGAUCCUGGUGGGAUUAUAUCUGACGACUUCAUGACUAUCUGUGAAAUAUAAUUCAUUCUGAUGUUAUCAGAAUAUUUUUGAGGAAGACAGAUAACCAUAUUCCAUUUUCUCAGAUAAGAAAUUUUAUAAGAAUAUCAUUUUAAUCUCCCAACUCAGAUUUCCCUUGGAUUUUUAUCAAUUGUAUGGAGGGGAGGAAAACCAAGGCUAUUAGAAAUGAGGCUGAAAGGCCAAAGUGUAUUCCAAGUCAUGGUUUAGGUUGUGCUGUCUCAGUGACCUUUGGCUUUUUUUUUUUUUUAAUUUUGUCAUCACUUUUGUAGUGUUAAACAUUAGUCUUUUUGGGGAUCUAUUAUAAGGAGGGAUAUAAUUAGAUGUCAUUCCCAAUUUGUGGGGCAAUUUUUCUAGGUGACUUAAUUAUUUUGUAUACCUUAUUUUGGAUAUAGCAGGUACAGAAAAUCUGCUUGUGCUUUCUUAGCAUUUUCAUUUGUACAUUUUUCAAAGAUACCACUGUCAUUAUUUUUGAAGAUUUGUUAAAAUACUUCCCCUUCCCCUUCCAAUUAAUGAUGGAAAUAUUGUGUUUUGAGAAUGAUUAACUGUGUUUGAUAUUAAACACGUUUUUAAAUUCAUGAAAUAAAUGUGGUUUUUUUCUUCAAAGAAAGUUGAACCUCAUAAUGGAGUAAAUUUUUAGUUGUAUAAUUCUCCAUGCAUAUCAUACAGUUGGUGCUUAAUAAAUUAUAUAAUACAGUACCACCUUA